UCUCAUUCUUUCGAGAAAAAAAAAACAAGAGUAGUACUUCUUUAACUUUUGUCCAAAUACUCUCUCUUUCUAUAUCAUUGAAGUUGAUAGAAUGACAAAUACAAAGAUGAACUUUUCUUCUUCUCCCUUGUAUCUUGUUUUGUUGUUCACAGUUUCUCUGAAUUCACUUCUUGCCUGGGGGAUGAUAUCCGAAAAAUCUAUGUCCAAGUUUGCUGUACCAUCGUCAUUGCAUAUCGUUUACACCGCUAAAAGGCCUAGCAAUGAGAAACCCGAGGCAUUUUACAUCCAAAUUUUAGCUUCUGUUCUCGGCAGUAAUGAAGCUGCUAGGAAAGCUCUUGUGUAUAGUUUCAAGAAUUCUAUGAAUGGCUUUGCUGCUAACUUGACUCCAAAUCAAGUGAAGAAGAUUUCGGCACAACCUGGAGUUCUGCAUGUUGCAAGGAGUGUUACUUAUAAUCUGCAAACAGGAGGCAAAGAAAAUAAUAAUGUAUAGAAGAGCUUCACAUAUUCUCUCUCCAAACAUAUAUGGGUUUGUUCGUUAAAUACGUAGGUUAAAAUUGCAGAUCUGAUCAUUAAUAUGAUUCGGAGUGAUUCGGAGAAAGUUAGAGUUGUUUCGUAUUUAUAAUUUCACAAAACCUUCAUAAAUAAUCUUUACGGUAGAGACUAUUUAUGAGGAUUUAUCAAUUAAUUUUAAGGAAUAUAAAGACUAAAUUCAAACUUUUUAAAUUAUUGUGACUAAAUUAAAUUCUAACUUUCUCCAAAUCAUAGAUGAGUUAUAAAUUAAUCCAGAAUACGUAAGGAUUUCUUUUAUGGAUGUUAAUUUUCAAUGAUAUAUAGUUGAUGUAA